AUCAUACGUUUGCUAAAAAAACGAAAACAACAAAGAGUCACUGAAACAGGUUUAAAGGUGUUCGGKAAAGUAGAACUAAAAUGAAAAAUAUCAUACUACAUUAGGUGAUGAACGUAAUGUAAAGGAGAUAACGUUGUUAAACAUUUAAAAUAUAUUCCUGCAUGUUGAUUAUGUUGAAUUCGAAGGCCAGUAUAAAACAAAGCAACAUAUUUGACAACCAGAAUACGGCAUUUAGAUAGUAUUAGUUGUAGCACCAAAUUUGUUAUGAGCUAAUUCGUGGAUUAGUAGCUGUCAAGUAAACUGAUCGUGACCGUAUAAAAAUCUCACUAGCAAUAAUAUUUUUAUAUGAGUAAUACUUAUGAACAGUAAUUUGUAGUGACGAGUGUGUGUAUAUAAUAAUUAAGUCGAAAUGAGUGCUUCCAUAAUUGCUAACUUAUGUGUCUACAUCCUUACAUGGAAUGUAGGGACACAUCGUCCACAUGAUAUUUCUAUGAGGGAUGCUUUGUCGCUAAGCGGUACAACAGCUUGCCCGGAAGAUAAAUUACCUGACAUUUACGUUGUGGCAUUACAAGAAGUUAGCACCCAUGCUAAAAAUCAAUUUCUCAACAUUUUCAAUGAUGACCCAUGGACGUUUAAGAUAAGUGAACAUCUUAACCCCCACGAUUAUAUUAAAAUUGGAACAGAGCAGAUGCAAGGAAUAUUAAUUAUGAUGUUCGCGCAACCCAAGCAUGAACCACAUAUGAAAGACAUAGAGGUGCAAAGUACCCGUACAGGUUUAGGCGGGUUAUGGGGUAAUAAAGGCGCCGUAAGUAUACGUAUGAGUCUCUAUGGUACCGGUGUGACUUUUGUUGGUGCACAUUUAGCGGCACAUGACGACAAACUGAGUGAACGCAUCGAAGACUACAAUCAAAUAGUGAAUAAUCAUCAUUAUAAAACACCAAAAUAUCGUAGUAUUUUCGAUCAUGAUUACGUGUUUUGGUUUGGUGAUCUAAAUUUCCGUUUAACUGGCAGCGAUUCAGCAUGGGAUGUGCGCUCAUUAGUUGAACAGGGCAAAUUUGAGGAGCUAUUAGAACGCGACCAAUUAUCAUUGGCACGCAGUACGGGCAAUGCAUUUGCUCUACUUUCUGAAGAACUACCUACUUUUGCACCUACUUUCAAGUUCAUUGAAGGAACAUCUGAAUACGAUUUGAAGCGACGUCCAGCAUGGUGUGAUCGUAUCUUACACCGUGUACAAGAAAAUCGUUAUCCUGAUAUAACUUUAAAUAUAACACAAUUAUCAUAUAAAUCUCAUCCUAAUUAUACACUCUCCGAUCACAAACCCGUAUCAGCGGAAUUUAUUUACAAAAUAGAGGCGCAGACCAAAACGGAUGAGGAGUUGUACGAAUUAACCCACGGUGGCAGCAGUACCGAAACCCCUUUAGCUAGUUUCGAUAGCGAAAAUGUUCGGCUCGCCCCAAUGUAUUAAAAGCUAAGCAAAAGCGUUUACAAAUAAGAAAUUAUAAGCAACAAGUCUGAUAAGAAGGAUCAUUUAAUUGACAGCGUGAUAAGUGCCAAAAUGCCCAGCAUAGCGGACAUACUCUAACGUAAUUUUCUUUAAUAUUAUUUUUUGUCUCAGAAUUGGUUGUGUUACAAAUUAAAAUGUGGGCAUUUCUUUGCAAAUUGCUUCGUAUUGCAUGUAUGAAUCUCCAUGUGAGAAUUUCGAAAUUAUUAUUUUUUAAUUAUAU